CCCUCACUCGCCAGAGGACACGUCCACCAGAGGUCGCCGUUCUUCUUCGUUGGCCGCAGGCAGAAUGCAGCUAAAAGCCCCGCCUCACUCGCUCCUUGUGUGUUGGUGCAGCUGGAAGCAAACACAACAUCAUUUAUGAUGAUGGCCAGCAGAAUCUUGAAGAAGGUCAAUGGCGUCUUUAAGGGUUUUUUUUGUCGUCCUCAAAAUCCCCUGAAGGAGAGCACAUCCAUGAUCUACAGCAAACCUCCCAGAAAUCAGAUCGGAGCCUUGCAAAGUUUUUUGGUGAUGUCUGUGUUUGCGGUGGCCAUGUUGGCCCCGGCGGCCUGGAUUCUCCACCAUCUGCCAGAGUAUCGCCAGAGGUCUCGCCAGACACCCAGAACCUGAACCUGUGUGCCCUUCUUUCUUUCCGCCCAUCAAAACAUCAAGACUAUUCCUACUUUAUUCAAAUAAAUGCAAAACCAACAAUUCUUACAUUUGAUUGUUGAACUUAUUUUCACAUCAAUUCAAGACAUUUUCCUCUUUCUGUCUGACUUCAUCAACAAAUAGCAGCUAUCAAAUAAUUUGCAUAAGAAGGGUCAAUUUGUUGCCCUUUUGUUGUCGAUUUGUUGUUCACUUGUUGUCCAUUUCUUGUCCAUUCGUUGUUAUAUUGUUGUUAAUUUGCUGUCAAUUUGUUGUCAAUUUGUUGUUCAUUUGUUCAUUUGUUCAUUAAUCUGUUGCUAAGUAGGUGAAGCAAAAGACUGCAGUAGAA